UCGAUAACAAAUGAAUCAUCAACUCAAGAACAAGCAAAGACCAACAGUUGAUGGUCAUGAUGAUAAGAAUUAGAGGAUUACACCUUUCUACAUAAAUUUCAUAAGCAUUAUAAUCCCACACAUAAUUGGAAUCAAAUAUUAAAUACUUGUCGCUAUUUUCUUGCAUUGAUUGUUCGUUUUUCAGGGGAAAAAAACUAGUUCUUACACACGGACUAGCGAAAAAGUCCCUAAGAAGCAUGUCCUCUUCAUCAACAGAGUUGAAACUAGCCCUAGCAAAGAGGGUUUUAUCGAGAGUGGGCUCAAUUGCUACAACAAUCAUGUUGGUUCAGACGAUAGUCCACAACUACAUUCCCAGGGAACUCUAUGCGUAUCUCUUCUAUGGACUCAAGAACAUGUUCACCAAUUCCUCAAAACAGCUAACGAUGGUGAUUAACGAAUUUGAUGGCCUAGUCAAAAACAAAAUUUAUGAAGCUGCAACAAUCUAUUUGGCGAACAAGUUAUCCCCUCACAUCCAUAGACUUAAAAUCAGUAAGACUGUGAAGGAGAAAAAUUUCAACAUUACCAUGGAACGUAAUGAGGAGGUAAUAUUUUGCGUGCAUAUACAUAUUGUAUUGCUUUUGACUCUUCAAAUAUAUUAAUUACUAAGAAUACAUAGACUAGAGUGGACUAAUUCUGUGGGUAAACAAAAAUAUUUUGACACUACAGAUUAUAAAAAAUAUUGUGUCUAUGAGCUAUUUAGAAAUAAAUUUUUUAGCUUUUAGCAUCAUAAAAAAUGUAUUAUUAUGUUUAGAUAUACUAAUACAACUUCUAAUUUAAUGAUAAAUUAGACAACUUAGAAACAAACAAACUAAGUGUAAUUAUAAAUAGGGUUGGGGUUGGGGUUGGGGUUUCAAGAUCAGACAAACAUAUCUUGAUACAACAUCUGAUUCACUGAUAAACAAGAAAAAAUAAAAACAAACUAUGACAUUUUUCUAAUAGUCCACCAUUAGAAAAGUAAAAAUCACUUUUCUUAAAAUCAUGAUUUGAAAAAUUGUUCUAUAUUCAUAAGUGCUCAGGUAAGUUUCCACAUUUAAUUUACCUUCGUAAUAAUUUAAGAUAAUAGAUCUUGUGAAGAUGAUGUUUUUUCUUUAAUCUUGUGAUUCUAUUCCAACAGGUUAUAGAUGUUUAUAAUGGACAGACAUUCAAGUGGAUUUGGCUCUGCAAACAAACAGAGUCUAAACACUUCUACAACCCCAGAGACAUGGAUUCUGCUGAGAAAUCUAUAAUAAGGUCCUUUGAGUUGACAUUUCACAAGAAAAACAAGGACCUUGUCCUUAAUUCUUACUUGACAUACAUCGUGGAAGAAGCAACAUUGCAAAAACACAAAAACAAGACGAUCAAGAUUCAUACUGUGGGUUACGGAAAGAAAUUCUGUUUACAUAACAUGUGGAAGUCGGUGAACUUUUAUCAUCCUACCACUUUUGAGACAAUCGUGAUGGAUUCAGACCAGAAAGACAUGAUCUUGAAGGAUUUGGAGAAAUUCAUGACGAGGAAAGAGUAUUACUGGAAAGUAGGAAAGGCAUGGAAAAGAGGGUAUUUGUUGUUUGGUCCUCCGGGGACUGGGAAAUCUAGUUUGAUAGCUGCAAUAGCGAAUUAUUUGAAUUUCAAUAUAUAUGAUUUGGAGUUGACUAAAGUGACAAGGAAUUUAGAUUUAAGGAAGUUGUUGGUUGCCACAACCAAUAAGUCAAUUUUGGUGAUUGAGGACAUUGAUUGUACCCUUAAUUUGGAAGCUAAUUUGGUUAAUCAUGAUAUGAAUGUUCAUUCAAAUGAUUUUUAUCAGUCAGAAAGCAUGGUAAUGAUUUUUAUCAGUCAGAAAGCAUGGUAAAUUUAGUCUUUUAAUUUUGUAUUUCCUAUCUUUACUAUUCCGACUUGGUUUUAGUUUAUGGGGUAGUUUGACAUCUAUAGUCAGGGAAUUGGUCAAGUUGAAGAUUACGGGUUUCCCUCUUGCUAUUAGUAUUUUUAGGUUAAUUGAUUAAUUACCAUAAAUUAGAUAGGAUAUGUUGGCUUCUUUUUAUUUCAGCAUUUCGACAUGACAAGAUGUGAUGGAGUUCAGAACAAUUGUUAUAAUGUGUCGAAAUAGUCGAUAUUUUUUUAUAAAUUCUACCAACAUGGAACUACAAUAAUUUCACCCUCCAUUAAUUUGUAAUUUUCUUGAAUAAUUUAAGAGUCAAUUAUUGGGAUACUUUGGAUA